AUGUCUUACUAUGAUAUUGACUCUAUCUUGACUGAUGCUCAGAUCAAAGCUGGAACCCGGAUCGAUCUUCCACUAUGGCUAGGUGAAAUGCUCUCGAUCGGGGCACGUCUAGGAACGUCCCGUCUAGUCACACUCGACAUGCCCGAUGCGCUUUCGGAGCGGGUGAUGAAUGCGCUGAAGGCAGAUCCCCGCACGCUUGACUUGCGCGCUUUAGCACCGCAUUUUUACAACCUGAGCGAGCGGAUUCUCGAACUCUUUGAGGAAGAAGAGAUGGUGGAUGUUCUCGGAGAUGCAUUCAAAAAACGAGCGGCCGAGAUUGCUGACCAUGCACACAACUCGCGCGGUACAGUCGGUGGUGGAGUUGAUUUCCUUCGCGGGCUAGAUGAGACAGAGCGACAAUUGUUCCGUGCUGCUCAUGACCGGGCCAAGGAUAUGCGGAUCUGGUCCGGAGAGGCGAAACCCAUCAUGGAUGAGAAACCUAAAAGAAGGGGCUCGGCCGCUGGUCAGCCUGCUCUUUCGCACUCUCGAAGCCCCGAUUAUCAUCCCAAGGCUACACACAAACGCAGUGUUUCCUCCAAAGAUCACUCUAACUCGUCAGAACGUCCUCAACACCCAUCGCUUUCUCGCGUCAAGGGCCGAACGAAUAUGUUUACUCCCCCUCGAAUGAGUCCAGAGGUCUCAUGGCUGGGAGACCAGUCACCUAUCCAUCAGGGCACAAGGACGGCAAACCGCUUACCUAAAACCCCGGAACCCAGCACCCCUACACUAGUGAACCCUGCCUCAGCUCUCUUGCAGGAUUUAUUGAAAGAAGAACGCGCGCACCGAAGCUCCCGGGGAACAAUGUCAGAGGAUUAUAAAGAAAAUGUUCCUCAAGGUCCCGAGAGCUCUCGAGCCCAGGAAGAUUCUGCGUCUGAAAAAGCACGCAAGGUGAAUGACGUCUUCUCUGCUGGUCAGAGGAAACCGCAAGAGAUGGGCAUGCGGGAAAUGGACCAAUAUGUCUCAAAAAUGAACAAGCUCAAUUUCGAUUUGAAGCUCGAGGUCUUCCACCGUACACAACAAUUGGCUAUGUAUGAAAAGAAGCUGGAACGGAUGGUGGAGAUGGAAGAACAACUAGCACACAUGGGCGAUUUGGUAGCGGAGGUGGAGGACCUUCGAACUACUGAGAAAGAAAACCAGAUUCUACGCGAAUCUAACGAGCAACUCCGCAUCGAGCUUGACAAGCGAGACCUGGCUGUUACCGAAGCCGUCGAGCUUAUCUGCCAGUUGGAAUCAAAACUUGACAUGCUGGAGAACGGCGCCCGGGCCUCCAAGCUAUCUUUGUCACGCCCGAUGACUGCCGAUGGGUCCGGGGCCUUCGCGCCAAAACCACGGGCCAUGAUUGAGAUCCCGAAGAGGACCUCUUCCAAGCGAAAUUCAGGUGUCUUAAGUGUAGCUCAUCGCCAGACAUCUUCUGAGCUACGCAAACUCUCGAAAGCACCUUCCUUCCUACGAGCAGAUAACAAAAGUACUGCUACUUUGCGAAGCCUUUACGCGCCCGAAGAAGAAAUCCAGUCACGCUCUGCAAGGACUGAACUUUCGAAAUCAGAGAGCUUCCACACGACCACCGAGAUUAUGGAGCCCGAGUCACCCAGACUGAGCGUCCUGAGCGAAUGCAGUGAGCUGAAUCCGUUCGACACGCCUACGAAGUGGCAGGAAUUUGAUCAGCUUGAGAUUCCUCUCCGGAGAGCGUCGUCGACUGCAGGCAGCUUGGACAGCUAUAUUCCCCCCAACGGGCGGGAAGAAAGCAAAGCAGACCAGAUCGAUCGGUGGAUGCAGACCCGCGAGGACGCAAACCAGACUAUAAUCACGAGACGCAGGAACCGAGCAUCAUCCGAUGCUACUAAGGCUAGUAUCUCUAGUUUUACAACAGACUUGUACGCUCCCAAGCCGCGUGGACGUGGACGACUGGACGCAUCUCUUUUCGGUGGCAUCAGGCUUCCUCCCACUCCUGACACCAUGAGUACGGCAUAUGCUACCGGCGCAAACCGGUCAAGUGGCUCAAAUGGGAGCAUUAAAGCCCGAAAAAGCCCACAGAUCGAGCAGGAUCAGUUUUUCACUGGUAGGCGAGUUAAUCGCCCACGUUCUGCAGAAGAGAUAGCCAGUCGCUGCAGCUUCGAUGACAGCGGGCUUUUCGACAGCAUGCAAACCAAUUGCAGUGAUACUCCACGUCUAGGAGUCACAGCUGAUGAGUCGCGCACUAUUCUGCCCUCCUUCAACCCUGUUUCCUCCAAAGCCAGCGCACUUCUUGGGCCGGGGAGCCCUAGCAACCCCUCCAUUGAGACUCUUGGGGAUAUGUACCGCGCAAAUGCCAACGAAGAAGCAUCAACCCCAACAAUCAAACGUGUCCGUAGCCCACUCAAGGCUAUGACACCGGAGCCGCGCACCAGGGAUGGCGACUCUUCACCACUCACACCUCAAGACUGGGUUGCAGCUGCAAAGCAGGGUCCAGGGUCUCGCAAGCCAAACCCGCGUGACACCCGCCACGAAAUUCAACAGACAGAGCUAUCAUCACGCACUGCCGCCAGUCCAGCUACCCUCGAUGACGAUACCAGCGUCACUUCGGAGCCAAGCGAGCCCGAAGUCCCUGGUAUCCCAAGUCUUGAUAUGGCCACUCUCGAUAUUCUGGAACAACCCCUUGAUCUCGCCCAGUCAGAACCCAAACCUGAAGCCAACCCCGAGCCCCGUCGACGCCUCAGCUUCAUACCUCAAUUCUUCAACCGCUCAACCAACAAUCCGCAUCCUCUACAUGGCUCACCAAUUCCAAACGACUUCGAAGACGACGAUGAAGACGGCGCCCCAUCCCCUGUAAUCCCUAAAAGCAGAAUAAUGGGUGGCGCCUCUCGAAGACCUAUGUCGCAAAUAAUCCCCGCCCCAACCGACCUGUACCCCUCCAACCCAAUCAACAAUGAAGAGCCGCUCCCAGCUCCCAGAUCGCGAGGACUCCCCCAAUCAUUGACAAUGUCAAGACUUGCUGACCGCCCCGGCGCUGCAACAGUCUCAGGACGACCCGCCACAUCCCAUGGCGACAUCGAGCACAAGCGGCGCAGCUCACUGGGUAUCUUUGGCUGGAUCAAGAGUAAACGUUCAGAUUCCGUGGGUGUCCCCGGGGCCGAGAAAGAGAACCGCGUUCCCUCACGUCUAGCGUAUGAAACUACUCAUGGGCUUGGAAUCCCCCGUGCUGAGACGCCGGACUCCAUGGAAACCCAUGCUAGAUCCCACUCCGAGAUGGCUGUUCAUUCCGAUGACCAUGCGAGACGGCCUCGGUAUAUGGGUCGUCGUGCUCGCAGGGGUUGA